AUGCCUACGGCGCCGGGUGGUAACAAGAACGAUGUCACGGUCCUCAGGGCGCUUUUGGGAUCAAACAAAAACGACACGUUUGCCCUGACAAUAGCCAUGGAGACUGCCUCAUGCUCUGUAUCUACAACGCCAGACAGUCUCCACAAAUGCCGACUUCCACGCUCUUCUCGAUGCUGCAGAGCAAAUACCACGUCAUCGCUCUGUAGACAACGGUCUAGGGAGAAGGACGUGCGAGAGAUGAGUGCUGGUGAAAAGGUUCCAUCACAAAACGGUAGAAGCGUUGGCUUUGUCGUCCACCCAUCUAUCGUCCAUCUCGUCAAUUCGCAUGAGAUCCUAUUACCUCAACUGACCAUCCUACGACUACGAUCUUCACGUCAGAAGACCAUCAGCAUCAUCAACUGCUGCUCUUCAGCAUCAGCAGGUUACGAAUCAGAACUAAAUGUUUUCCACGGCGAUGUGAAGGAGGUCGUCCGCAACGAGAAAUCCUUUCAGAAGUUUGUUGUGGGCGACUUCAACGCGAAAAUCGGAAUGCCACUAGAAAAGGAAUAUAGGAUCAGAAAGUUUGGAUAUGGGCUGCUCCGAAACGAAGACAGCAAUCGUGUAGUUGGGCUUCUCUCCGUUGCAUGA